AUAAAGGACCCCAUACCUUGCCACGAACGCCCGAACGAGCUUAUUUUUGGCGGAUCCUUGGCUCUCCUCUCUUCUAGCGUGCGCGCGUUCUCUUUCUCUAUGACGCGAGCCGAAGGAGACCAAUGGCUGUGGGGUUCCAAAUCUUGCCCUGACGCUGACGAGUUUUAUGUUUUGCGUCCUCAAUUGAGGAGCUGGUUUGGAAUUGAGGUUCCUGACCGAAACCAAAGUCUUCCCUUUUGAUUCUCAAUAAUAAUAACACAGACUAACCCAUCUACCCAUAGUGUGCCGUCAAUACCCAUAUUGCUUGUUGGGACUCUAUUUCCUUCUUCUUCUUUGGUGUUUGAUGUGUUUCUGAACAACCCAAGUGCUGCUUCUUUACCUCUGCUAAUUCAGUUCCAGUAAACCAAUAUGGUGGCUUUGCCUUCCCCUCCUGGUCUUGUAUCCCUCAUGGACACUGUCAGCCCAACCUGGCUGACAUCCGUCUUUUUUGGUAUCAUUAUGUGCAUAAUUGUAUAUAAAUUAACUGGUUUUCUUAGCCCUUUGUGCUUCAAAGGAUAUGACAAACUCACUGAAGCAGAAAAAAUUGAAUGGAACAACCGGGGGUUCUCUACAUUUCAUGCUCUUAUUGUAGCAUCAGCUUCUUUCUACCUCCUGCUGUUAUCAGGUCUUUUUUAUGAGGAUUCUCAGGAUGAGUUAAUCAUUAAUAGAAAGUCAAUUGUAUCAAACUCUGUAUUAGGGAUCUCUGUUGGCUAUUUUCUGGCAGACCUGUCAAUGAUUCUUUGGAAUUUCCCAGCUUUGGGUGGUCUGGAGUAUGUCCUGCAUCAUGGACUAUCCAUGUAUUCAAUAUUUCUCUCCCUCAUAAGUGGUCAAGGACAGAUGUACAUACUGAUGGUUCUCUUCUCUGAGGCCACUACUCCUUUUGUAAAUUUAAGAUGGUACUUCGAUGUUGCUGGUAGGAAGAGCUCUAAAAUGUACGUUUGCAAUGGAGUCCUAUUGUUCCUUGGGUGGUUGCUUGCAAGGAUUCUUCUGUUCAUUUACUUCUUCACUCACAUGUUCAUCCACUUUGAUCAGGUGAAAAAGAUAUUUCCUUUGGGCUUCUAUAGCAUACUUUCAGUGGCUCCCAUAUUGGCAGUAAUGAAUACCAUUUGGUUUUGGAAGAUAGCAAAAGGUUUGAUUAAAACUCUUUCUAGAGCAAAAAGACACAGUCAAUGAUCUAACCAUUUUGUUCCACUGGUGGCCAUGCAUUUACUGUAUCAACCAUUUUGGUGUAAUGAUAAAAAUACUCCAUUUGUCACUUAGAAAUUACAAUUUGAAGCCACAAAAGCAGCCUCUCUGCAAAAUAAGGAUAAGGCUGCAUACAUCAACUUUCUUAAAAGCACACAAGUGUGAGAUGCUUCAUGCUCAGAGUAGCUAAUUACCA